AUGUCUGAGGAAAAGAACAGUACAGCAGUUACAAAGUUCAUUCUCUUGGGAUUCUCUGAAUUUCCGAAGCUCACCAUUUUUCUCUUUCCAAUAUUCCUAGGAAUCUAUAUCAUGACAGUAUCCUGGAACGUGGGGCUAAUCACACUCAUUACAAUGGACUCCCAUCUACACAUACCCAUGUACUUUUUCCUCAGUAAUCUUUCCGUACUAGAUAUUUGCUAUGUUUCCACUAUUUCCCCCAGGAUGCUGUCAGAUUUCUUCAAGAAACAGAAAUUCAUCUCCUUUCUAGGGUGUACCAUGCAAUACUUUUUCUUUUCUGGCCUCGGUCUGACAGAGUGUUGUCUCCUGGCCGCCAUGGCUUAUGACCGAUAUGCUGCCAUUUGUAACCCUCUGCUCUACACAACCAUCAUGUCUCCCACGCUCUGUGUGCAGAUGGUGGUGGCUUGUUGCGUAACUGGAUUCUUGGGCUCAUCAAUCCAACUGUGUGCCUUAUUUCAGCUCCAUUUCUGUGGGCCAAAUGUCAUCAACCACUUUUUCUGUGAUCUUCCUCAACUACUGAUUCUAUCCUGCUCCGACACCUUCUUCUUUCAAGUUAUGACCUCAGUGCUCACAGUGAUUUAUGGACUGACAUCUGUUUUGGUCAUCAUGGUAUCCUAUGGUUAUAUUGUUGCCACUGUGCUGAAGAUCACUUCCGCUGAAGGCAAGUCUAAAGCCUUCAACACCUGUGCUUCUCACAUAACAACAGUGACCCUAUUUUUUGGCUCCGGUAUCUUUGUUUAUAUGUAUCCUAACUCUGGUGAUUCCUUGAGCCAAAACAAAUUGGCAUCAGUCUUAUACACUGUUAUAAUCCCCAUGCUCAAUCCAUUGAUCUACAGCCUGAGGAACAAGGAAAUCAAAGAAGCCCUAGGCAGAUGGAAGAAAAGAGCCUUUUCCUGCUGUUAUUAG